UAGAAUCUAGAUCUACGUCACGCUACAGCCAUAUUUAAUAACCUCGUUUUCAUCGUCCACCGAGAACCUGCAAUUUUGGCGUUGAGCUUAGCCAACUAAAAGAAGCUAAAUCUAGACCUAGAUACAGAAACUAUUUAGUCUUAGUAAAAUACAGAUUUUUUUAUGAGAAAUGGGAACUAGAGUAUAUAUUGGACGGCUGUCUUACCAUGCACGGGAAAAAGAUAUUGAAAGAUUUUUUCGAGGUUAUGGAAGGAUUCGUGAUAUCAUGUUAAAAAAUGGAUACGGAUUUGUGGAAUUUGAUGAUUAUAGAGAUGCUGAUGAUGCUGUAUAUGAACUUAAUGGAAAAGAACUUUGUGGAGAAAGAGUGAGUGUAGAGCACGCCCGAGGGCCGCGCAGUGACGACUCGUUUCGUGACCGCGGCUUUAGAGGACGCCGAGGUGGUGGUGGUAGGCGGGACAAAUAUGGACCACCUACUCGCACAGAUCACAGACUUAUUGUGGAGAACCUUUCAUCCCGCGUCAGCUGGCAGGAUCUUAAAGAUUACAUGCGACAGGCAGGGGAAGUCACUUAUGCUGAUGCCCAUAAAAAGCAUAGAAAUGAGGGGAUUAUUGAGUUUGCUACUGCUUCAGACUUAAGAAAUGCUAUAGAGAAAUUGGAUGGAACUGAAAUCAAUGGCCGAAAGAUUCGUCUAAUUGAAGAUAAACCUAGAAAACACAGUCGUUCCCGCAGCCGUUCAAGGUCCAGAAGUCGUCGCCGCAGCCGAUCCCGCAGUGGUAGCAGAUCUAGAAGUAGAAGUCGCAGCAGGUCUCGCAGUGAUAGUAAAGAUAAAAAGUCAAAAAGCAGAUCUGCUAGUCCCAAGAAAUCAACAUCUCGUUCAAGGUCAAGAUCCAGGUCAAGGUCUCAGGACAAGGAAAAUGGUGAUGAAGAUGGAGACAGGACAAAUGAUGAUUAGAAGGAAGAGUUUAUGCUUGUGUGUUCAUCCUCAUUCUCCAUAGUAGAAUUGUCAUCUUCAUCACCCAUUGAGAAUAUUGGAAGUUGUUUUAUUUUAUAGGAUGCUGUCAUUUUUUUUUUCAUGUAUUAAAAUUUAAAUCAACCA